AUGCAAAUCGAUCCUUCUCAGCUCGUUUCUUUCAAGGAAGCUCUUAUCCUCUCAUCUACUUGGAUUGCGCUUCCCCCAUAUGGCUUCACCAGCAAUAUCUUCCCUUGGAUUUGCUGGCUUAUCUGGACCUCGAGAAAUCGACUCAUCUUCGAGAAGAGAGCCUCAACACCAAGAGAAAUCGUGCUUGGCGCGAUCACGGCCGUGAAGGAAUGGGACUUGGCUCAAGCAAAGACCAAAAAUUGUGGCAUCACCUCUCCGAUCUCCAGUGGUUUCCCAUCUCAGCAGAAUCCCGAGCUUCCUUCGAUCUAUUGCAACACAGACGCCGCGUGGAGAGCAGACUCAAGAAACGCCGGCUUAGCUUGGGUCUUUUCAGAUCAUGAAGGGCAGGAACACAACAGAGGAUCGCAAUUCCAGGACAACGUCUCUUCAUCUUGCAUGGCUGAGGCUCUGGCUGUGAGAAGUGCCCUUCUACACGCAGCGGAGAUCAACAUCACCUCUAUCUGA